CUCUAGAUACUCAUUACUGGACUUGGAUCAACCAUUUCGUCAUCUGGGGCUCGCUGAUUUUCUUUGUGGUCUUCUCUCUGCUGUGGGGUGGAAUCAUCUGGCCCUUCCUCAACUACCAGAGGAUGUACUAUGUGUUCAUGCAGAUGUUGUCCAGUGGUCCGGCCUGGCUCAGCAUAAUCCUUCUGAUAACAGCCAGUCUGCUGCCAGAUGUGGUGAAGAAGGUUAUCUGUAGGGCGAUGUGGCCCACAACAACUGAACGCAUACAGAACGCUGAUAAACUCUACAAGGGCCAGCUGUCCGAGUUCACCCCCCUGGCGUCUCUCCACGCCCCAUCAAAGGCCGACAGCCACCGGCGAGGCUCGGGCACCCAAAGGAACGCCCCGAACCCUCGAAGGUCUGAACCCUUUAGCAAGAAAAUCAUGUUCACACGCUGGCAAAAUACGCCAGACUACUGCACCUUCACCCCCCUCCUCCGAUUUGCCGACGGCUCCCGCCACUCAAAGCAGGGACACACCUACAGUGAGGCGGGGCCAGAGACCUCGGUCUAAUUUAUUUCUGUCCAGUUCCUGUUCUUAUUUUCUAAUAUUAGAUACAACUUGGAGUUGAACUGAACAAAGCAGUAAUUCUAAUGUUUUGCAGAGCUGACCAGGUCGCUACUAGCAGAGCUGGAAAGUUACACAAAAGUAACUUAAACUCCUUUAUUUAAGUUACUGAGCUGGGAGUCAAAUAAUGUUAGAUAUCUUUAAUCCAUCUGGAAGGGAUUACAACGAAAGUGACCUUCACAACUGUUCCCAAGUCAGCAGCCAAGUAUGGCACAAAGUACUAUGGGACGGCUCUGGAAAAGGACUCCAUCCACAGGGCCUCGCUCGCCACUACACCGUGCAAAGGGCUCAGUGUAUUGAUGUCACAACAAACAGACUCUUUGAUUUCUUAAACUAUAUUGUGUCACACUGAAAGUAUGUGCACUGGCCCUUUAUGUCUGCCUGCCUUUGAUAGCUGGCAGCUGAAGUGUACUUUACUCCAGUUCAUAGGAUUUAUAUGACUUUUUAAAAAAAUGCCGAUAAUCAUGACGUGUUGUGUGCUGCUGCUGCUGAUUAUGUUGAUGAUGAUGAAGACAGUAACAGUACUUAAGCCAGCUCGAGCUUUCUCUGACCAAGCAUGUUCUUUUCUUCAUUCCUACCAUCCCUCUUUCUUUCUUUUCUGUCUGUCUGUUUGUUCCGCCUCUCUUUAGGACUAACUGGUGUUGCCUGUGUGCGAACCUAUUAUCUCGAAACACUCCCUAGGACUCUCUGAGAUCGAACAACAUUGUAAGGAGGGGUGUAGUAGAGCAGUGAAGUGUUGGACAAGUGGAC